AUGAGUCCAUUCGACACACCGUGUCAACCAACCGAAUCAACCCUAUCUCGCAAUUCCCGUGGAGUUGCGGAGCUACCAGAUGGCUCCACGUGGCUUUCGGUCGUCGCGCGCCACGCGGGAGAGCUGCAGUCUAUCCAGCACCAGCUACAGCGGGGCGACGUGGCGCGUGGCUUGCACGUGCUGCGGGUGAAUCAGAUGGAUGCGUUGCGAUUGGACGACGAGAUGCGGCUGAUGCUUAAGGAGCAGCUCAUGCGCGUCUUCGCUCUCGUGCCGGCGGCGUGGGUGGCGCGGUGUGAGGCGGAGCUAGAGCUGCUGCUGGACGUGCUCGUGUGGCGCUUCUCCCUCUGGGCCGACCGCCCCCUGCCUGGCUGUGCGCUCAUGAACCUCCGCUUUAGGGACGAGCGUGCGGCACGCGCGGGGGCGGGGGCGGCUGCACCGCCCGCUGUACCAGUGCGGACAGGGGUGGAGGGGCCGGGGCUGACGGUGGGGCAGAAGGUGCUAUGGCUGGUGCUCACAGGGGGAGUAAAGUACGUGUGGGCGCGCCUGCACUCCACGCGCUGGUUACUGCCCGUGCACGCACACAUGCCGCACAACAACUAUGCACGGCAGGGCACAGGGAGCGACGCGCUUCAACGGCAGCAGGCGUCAUGGCGGCACUGGCUGUGGCGGCUGCUGCAUCGGGCAGAGGGCGCAGUGAAGCUGGCGUCACUGCUCAACCUCAUAGUCUUUCUUCAUUCCGCCAAAUUCCGCACGCUACCGGAGAGGCUGCUGGGCAUAAGGGCGGUGUACGCCAAGCCACACAUGGCGCGCGCUGUCAGCUUUGAGUACAUGAAUCGCCAGCUCGUGUGGAAUGAGUUCUCGGAGCUGCUGCUGCUGGUGCUUCCCUUGAUAAGCGUGUCGGCAAUCAAGCAAACCUUCUCCUCCCUCUUCCGCCUCCCGUCUUCCGCAUCCCCCACCGCUGGCGAUGGGUGCCCUCCCCCCCGUGAUCUGCAGCUGCAGCGCGGAUCGCGAGGUCUGCGCUCCGCGAGAUAUGCGGAGCUUGCCACGUCGUUCUUGCCACGUCAGCUCGCUACACCACUUAGGCGCCUCCCCGCCCCCCUAGGGCGCGCGCAUUCUCCGCCUUCCGGUGAGCGUUCCGCCUCGCGCGCGUGCACACGCGCGGCAUGGAGCGUCAGCAGGCAGGCGGACAGGCGGAUGCGCGUCGCAUGCCGUGCAGCAGAGAGCGGUGACGUGGCGCCUGCGGAUUGGGUGAGCACGGCAGGGACGCACAAGCGACCCCAGCAGGUCUUCUACUCCAAAAAGGGCGAGAAGUUUCUGUUUCAAACGGGCGAGAGGAUGGACCUACUGGAGUUACCCGAGGGUACAAGAGUGGUGUACCCUGGGCUGUGCAAGGACGGCGAGUCCAACCCCAACAAGAUGCGAGCCAUGAUACGGCACGCUCUGGACAACCCUGUGGGGCAGCCGCCGCUAAAGGAAAGACUGCAGCAGAUCAAGCAAGUCAAUCCCAACCCCAAGAUCCUGAUGGCCUUUGACGAUGUGAGCGUGCCGCUGCCUCCCAUGCGCAGCCCGGACCUGCGCCAGCUGAUCCUGGAAGAAGCAGAGAAGGACUGCAUGGCCCUAGGAAUCACGGACAUCCGCUUUGUGUGCUCCAUCGCUCUGCACCGCUACGUUCGCCCGGACGAGUUGAAGCACAUCUGUGGGGGGUACCUGUAUGGAAAGUACUACCCGCACCGCAUGGGGAACUACAAUGCUGUUGAUAUGGACGAGACUGUGGAUAUUGGAGUCACGCGCCAUGGGGAGGCGGUUCAGAUCAACCGGCACUUUGCGGAGGCGGAUCUGGUGGUGUACGCGAAUGUGAACUACGUGAGCAUGGACGGCGGGUACAAGUCCUACGCCACUGGCCUGGUGCAUUACAACUGUCUGCGCCACAACCAUGACUCCAAGACUCUCCGUGACACCAAGUCGCUGUUUGACCCGUCGCGCAGCGCCCUGCACAGGUCGUUCCACCGCAUCGGCCGCAUGAUGCAGAAGCACACCGACGUGUUCCAUGUGGAGACUGUUAUCGAUGACCAGCUGUUCCCGUUCUACACGGAUUUUGUCUCAGAGUUAGUGCGCAACAUGAACCCGCUACAGAAGCUUUUCAUGCACUCCACCGUUCUGCUGCUCAAGAUGCUGCCGCUGUGGCUGUGCGUCAAGAUCUUCUGGUUCAUGCGAGCCCCAUUCGGCCUGAAGCAGGUGACAGCAGGGGAGACCCAGGCAGUGCAUGAGAGGACCCUCGCAGCCAUCUACCGGGACAAAAUCAUGGACGUGGAAGGCCAGGCGGACAUUCUCAUUAUGGGGCCUAGUGCGUUGGGGCCCUACACCAAAGACAUGUUCCUCAACCCCCUGCUUGUGAACACCUACGCAAUGGGAUACUAUUACAACAUGUAUGUGGACGGCGUGCCUCUAGUCAAGGAGGGCGGCUGUGUGAUAAUGGUGAACGAGAUGAACUACGAGUGGUCCUCGCCCGCGCACGACGGGUACCGCAAGCUCUUUGAAGAAGUGCUGGCAGUGGCGCCAGGGCUGGACGAGUUUGAGCGGUACCAGCAGCAGUUUGUGGACGACGAGCGGCUCAACGACAUCUACCGCCAGGGAUUGGGUCCCGCUGCCGUGCACGGGUUCUACAUGUACACGUGGGCUGCUCAUGGCAUGGACAAGGUGGGCAAGGUGUAUGUAGUGGGAGCUGUGGACCCGCGGGGCCCUGAGGUGCUGCGAUGGGAGAUGGCGGACAGCAUUCAAGAUGCUGUGGACCAGGCGCGGUUAUUCCUGGGCAACAGCAAAGCAACGGUGACAUAUCUGAGGUGCCCUCCGGUGGGGUAUGUGCGCGUGCACACGGAGGGGCAGGAGGGGGGCAGUGCUGGCCAGCAGGUGCAAGAAGAGGCACCGCAGGCAGUGGGCACGCACCAGUGA